CUUGUCAUUAUUUUACGGGAGUUAACAAUGUUAGCAAUAAUGUAAACCCUGUGUAUGCUCUAAGCAGUCGAGUGGAGUUCAAUGGACCCACAACUCUCAGUAACAAUCGUGGUGUGCAGGGUGGAGCCAUCAGAGCAGUUCAGAGUCAAAUCUAUAUCAAUGCAGAAGGAGUGGUCAUUUCUAACAAUAUAGCUACUGUUGGAGGAGGUGUGUUUCUGAGAGAGAGCACACUCUUUGUUCACUAUCCAAUAGAGAUUUCUCAUAACAAAGCACACAAUGGUGGUGGGAUUUAUGCAUACUCAAGCGAAAUUGAAUUUGAUUCGAAGGUCACUACUGGUUGUUUACUUAAUCGUCAGUUUGUCCUGUGUACAUGUAGUGACAUGAAAGCUGUAUUGUAAGAGAGUAUUAUAGAUCGAAAUGAUGCACAAAAUGGAGGAGGUAUUUAUGCAGUCGCUUCAAACAUUAAGGCUUUUUCUCACGCUCAGGUCCAAAUCAAGUCAAACUCAGCAAACAAUAGCGGAGGUGGAAUGUAUCUACAGCAAAGCUCCAGGAUAUAUAUUCUGAAACAGGACUUGGAGCUAGAGCUUGGUAAAACGCUGGUCAUACUAGAAAUUCAGAAUAACACGGCUCAAUAUGGAGGGGGGAUAUUUGUGGCAGACAGUACUGAGAGUGGUGUGUGUAGAGGAGAGGAUGUAACUACUGCAGGAGAUCUGACACAAACAGAAUGCUUCAUUCAAACUCUAAAUCUGUAUGGUUUUGAUAUCAAUUUUAUUAAGAUCGUGCUAAAUUUGCUCCAAGGUAUUCCGUCUUCAUCUGAAGAAGUUAAGUGUUUAAAUAAUAAGUCAAUCAAUUAUUGCAACACUUUUUUGACCAACAACACAGCUUCCCAGUCAGGAGCAGAUAUUUACGGAGGUCUGUUUGACAGGUGUACGGUGGAUGUAUCAGCCGAACUCUCUUCAUCAGACAAUGGAUUUGAGUACUUGAACAAUACUGUGCAUUAUUCAUCGAUAGCUUCGAAGGCUGUAAGAGUGAAGUUGUGUAACACCACCAAGCAGACCAUUUCUGUUAGAAAGGGACCAGCAUUCACAAUCAGUGUUAUGGCUGUAGACCAAGCUGGAAAUCCAAUGAAUAAUGCCACAAUUCACAGUUUUGUUAUCACUGAGAGUGGAGUUGGUCGUCUCAAAGAAGGACAAGCACAACAAGAAGUUGGCAAUCAGUGCACAGAAUUAGAGUACAAUGUAUUCUCACAAGACAGCUCUGCUCAAGUGAAACUCUAUGCUGAGGGUCCAUGCAACAAUUUGGGAAUUUCAAGACAAAUUCUAAACAUAUAUUUUCAAAAAUGUGAUUGCUCUAUUGGACUCCAACCAAUUCAGUCCUCAAUUGAGUGUAAGUGUGACUGUGAUCCAGUCUUGCAACAAGAUGCAGAUAACAAACUGUUCUGAAGAAAAUGGGACCAUAAAGCUGGAAAGCAAUAACAACAUAUGGAUAGAAGUGACUAAUACCACUAACGGAAGUGGGUAUGUUGUUAGUAACUGUACAUUUGACUAUUGUGUACUAAAGCCAGUCAACAUCAGUCUAAGCAACCCUGACGAACAGUGUGACUACAAUCGAAGUGGUGUCUUGUGUGGAGAAUGUGAACCAGGACUGAGUCUUGUGUUAGGUACAUCACGAUGUGAACUCUGCUCAAACUCUUACCUUCUCCUGCUACUUCCGUUUGCCCUGGCAGGCAUAGUACUAGUUGUAUUCAUUCUCGUUUUCAACAUUACCGUAGCAACAGGCACUAUCCAUGGGCUGAUCUUCUACACUAAUAUAUUAGCUGCAAAUCAGUCUAUUUUCAUACCUUUUCAUAACCCUUUGACAGUUUUCAUAUCGUGGGUGAAUCUUGACUUGGGUAUUGAGACAUGCUUUUAUGAUGGAAUGAACUCUCAAGCAAAAGUGCUCCUUCAGAUUGUCUUUCCUGCUUACCUGUUUCUUCUGAUGUUCUUAAUAAUCAUUGUGAGCAAGUACUUCGACUCUUUUGCAAAGCUCCUCUCCAACAGGAAUCCAGUUGCUGCCCUAGGCACACUUGUCCUACUCUCUUAUUCCAAACUCUUACGGUUUAUCAUUGCUGCACUGCAACACAGGGUCUUGGAUUAUCCUGAUGGUACAAGUGAUAUAGUUUGGAUGUAUGACGGCAAUGUGCAAUAUUUCACUUCCGGUCACGUCCCUCGGUUUGUUUUUGCCGCCAUAAUCCUCAUUUCUGGUGUAGUGUUCACUGUGGUGCUCUUCUUUGGACAAUGGUUUCCUCGCUGCUCAAAAUGGAAACUCAUGAAAUGGACUAAGAACACGAAGUACAUUGGCUUCAUGGAUGCAUACUAUGCUCCAUUCACGCCCAAACAUCGCUACUGAGUGGGACUGCUCCUAUUUUCUUUUAUCGCUCAUAAUAUAAUAACUGCUCUGGCUUUGGACACUUCUCUCCCUGUUCUAUCAGCUGGUGUUCUAUCAGUUGGACUGAUCAGCUGGAAAUUACUGAACAAUCGUUUGUACAAAAACAAAAUCCGUGAUUCCCUCGAAACUCUUUAUCUACUCAAUAUUGUUUGUCUAGCAUUUGGCACCUCCUUUGUCAAAGAUACCAGAAAAAAUCAGUCAGCCCUAGCCAAUACUUCGAUGGCUAUAUCCUUUGUCAUCUUUGCAAUAACCCUCUGCUACCAUUUUUACCAAUUCGUACUCAAGAAUAUUAAUACAUGGCUGAAGAUAGAAGACACCAUAAGGAAUUUAGGAGCUAAUGUUGUAGUCAGACGAGCUAGCAAUGGUCGGGAAAUGUAUCAGCAGCUGGUAGCCGAUGAAAAUGAUGAUGAUGAAUUACUCAAAGCAGUAGACGACUAUGAACAAAGAGAUGCCUUGAACCCACCUUACACUGAUCAUGAUGGAGCCAUGGAAGAAGCUGACCCUGAUUGUUACAUCACUCCUCCCAUCAUCAGACCAGCCACAAGGCCAGACCAGAUGAUAUUACCCUACAUGGAUGAGCUAGCCCCCCUCACCACAGAGGACUACAGACCAGCCCCUCCCCCUACAAGAGUCAACCAUCGUCUUGCUGUUACAUGCACAGAAAUUGGUCCCAUACAUAAUAAAGUCUAAACUGUAGCUGAGGUACACACUUAGAUUAGAAUGAUAUAAUCGCUGAUUACAAUAUUCAUUGCUGUUUUAAUUAUCCUCUGCUAGCUGUUAUUAUGAUUUGUGUUGUGACUGUAGCUAAUUAAUGUCCACAAGAUAACACACGUCAAACUCUCA